UGGUGGCGGGAAUGACUUGCUUCUGAUGUGGGACCUCUGAAGCUGUAAAGCCCAUGGUGGUUGGUGCCUGUUGUGUUAGGUGAAGCUCUGUUUCUUCAUCCCCUUCUUCUCCUCUCUCUCUCUCUCUCUCUCUAGGGUACCUUCAUUUUGUGCUUGAAGCAAAACUGUGAUAACAAUGUCGUCGUCUUCCUCCCACGAACAACCGCAAGUCAUAACCUGCAAAGCUGCGGUGGCAUGGCGAGCUGGUGAGCCACUGGUUAUAGAGGAAAUAAAAGUGAGUCCACCUCAACCUCUUGAGAUCAGAAUCAAAGUUGUCUGUACAUCUCUCUGUCGCAGCGACCUAUCCGCUUGGGAGUCUCAGUCUCUUUUGCCCCGUAUCUUUGGCCAUGAAGCUGCAGGUAUAGUGGAGAGUAUAGGGGAAGGAGUAACAGAGUUUGAGAAAGGAGAUCACGUGAUCGCUGUCUUCACUGGAGAAUGCGGGUCAUGUCGGCAUUGCAUCUCUGGUAAAAGUAACAUGUGUCAGGUUCUUGGAAUGGAGAGGAGAGGUUUGAUGCAUAGUGAUCAGAAGACUCGUUUUUCUAUCAAAGGCAAACCUGUUUACCAUUACUGCGCGGUUUCGAGUUUCAGUGAGUACACUGUGGUUCACUCUGGCUGUGCUGUCAAAGUCCAUCCUCUUGCACCUCUCCACAAGAUAUGUCUCCUCAGCUGUGGAGCAGCCGCAGGUCUUGGUGCAGCAUGGAACGUUGCUGAUGUACAAAGAGGUUCAAGUGUUGUGAUAUUUGGUCUAGGAACUGUCGGUCUUUCGGUUGCUCAAGGAGCCAAACUCAGAGGUGCAGCUCAAAUAAUUGGUGUUGAUAUCAACUCCUCUAAGGCUGAAAAAGCAAAGACAUUUGGCGUCACGGACUUCAUCAACUCAAGUGACAUCUCUGAGCCCAUACACCAGGUAAUCAAAAGAAUGACAGGAGGAGGUGCAGAUUUCUCAUUUGAAUGUGUUGGUGAUACAGGAGUAGCUACAACUGCUUUACAAUCAUGUUCAGAUGGAUGGGGCAUGACCGUUACUCUAGGUGUACCGAAAGUGAAGCCUGAAGUUUCAGCUCACUAUGGACUCUUUCUAUCAGGGAAGUCGUUGAAAGGGACUCUCUUUGGUGGGUGGAAGCCUAAGUCUGAUCUUCCUUCACUCAUUGAAAAGUACAUGAACAAGGAAAUUAUGAUUGAUGAGUUGGUCACUCAUGAUCUAGCGUUUGAUGAUAUUAACGAAGCUUUUGAGCUUAUGAGAGAGGGGAAGUGUCUGCGUUGCGUUCUUCAUAUGUCAAAGUAAUGUCUUUGAGAUAAUAUGUACAGUUUCAAGAAAGAAUCUGUUUUUUAUUACAGAGGGUGUGUCGAGUUCUCUUGUUAUGUGAAAGUUCUCUUGUUAUGUGAAAUAACAAGUGAUUGUGUUAUAAAGUGACCUACAUUUGAGGAGAAUAUUACUCUCACCGACACUUUCCUCUUUAUCAAUUACACUUUAAGUAA